AUGCGCCAACGCGAGCUUCGACGAGCGUAUCGCGCCGGCGGGAAGCGAGUUCAUCGCCUCUGCGAGUUUCUGGUCAUCGCUGUGUAUGUCUCGCGCGUUCCGGGGGCGCUCGCCGCGGCGUUCGCGGACAGAGCUGCGCUGAAGACCGCGGUGGACAACUGCCUCCUUGCGGUGCCCUCGGGCGAGAACUGCUGCUCAUCCGGGGGCGCAGACUGCGGCGCAGCGGGGAGCGCGGACAUGCCGGACUGGGACACGAGCCUGGUGACGGACAUGUCAGGACUGUUUACGGGUAAAUCGGCGUUCAAUCAACCGAUCGGCAACUGGGACACCUCCAAGGUGACUAGCAUGAAACGGAUGUUCUUGCAGGCCAGAGCGUUCAAUCAACCAAUUGGCUCAUGGGACACCUCCAAGGUCACAGACAUGAAUAAAAUGUUCUCGUUCGCUGUCGUAUUCAACCAACAGAUAGGUAGUUGGGUCACGUCGCAGGUGACGACGAUGAAGAGCAUGUUCAACGGUGCGUUCGCGUUUAACCAAGACAUCGGGAAUUGGGACACCUCCAAGGUCACGACCAUGGAAUCUAUGUUCUCGGGCGCUCACGCUUUCGACAAAGCCAUCGGAAAUUGGGACACCUCCAAGGUCACGACCACGGUCGACAUGUUCGCUGGAGCUCAUACCUGGCUUGCAACGAAUGUUAACUGCGGGAAAGCCGAUGACACGGCUUCCUGCACGGGAACGUACCCCGCAUCCGCGGCGUACCACGACGGUCCACCAAAAGCGUGGGCGCCGAUCGCGGCCGCGACGACCACGUGCACCGCCCCAGCGCCUUUCAAGACCUUCCAUUCCCUCGUCAUCGCCGUUGCGAGAUGCUUGAAAGCUGUCCCUACCGGGGAGAAAUGCUGCUCUUCGGGUGCCGCCGAUUGCGGGCCCGCGUGCAAAGACGACAUCUCAAAAUGGGACGUGUCGCAGAUCACGACCAUGGAGCAUUUGUUCCAAGGACAGUUCGAGUUUAACCAACCGAUCGGCGAUUGGGACACCUACAAGGUCACGAGCAUGGAGGGAAUGUUCCAAGGCUGCGAAAAGUUCAAUCAACCGAUCGGCGAUUGGGACACCUACAAGGUCACGAGCAUGGAGGGAAUGUUCCAAAGCUGCCGAAAGUUCAAUCAACCGAUCGGCAAUUGGCCAACGUCGCAGGUUACGAACAUGAAAAACAUGUUCACUUUCGCCUCCGAGUUCAAUCAACCGGUAGGCGACUGGGACACCUCGAAGGUGACGAACAUGAAUGCGAUGUUUUCCUGGGCCGGCUCUUUUAACCGCUACAUCGGAUCGUGGGACACCUCAAAGGUUACAGACACGAAAUAUAUGUUUCAUAUAGCUUCGGCGUGGGCAACCAGGUACCUGAACUGUGGUGCUAACCCGAGCCAAAACGCUACCGUGUGCGUAGCGGGAACCUUCUCGAGCUCGAGCGCUAGCGUUGACGGUCCUCCCUCCGCGUGGGUGCGCAAAAAUAACGUGUGCGACGCCGCCUACAUCGCCAACGGCGAGGCGGGCGAUUGCACUCAGUCACUGGCGAGCGGAUCCUCGUGCCAACCCACGUGCGACGACGGUUACACCAUCUCAGGGAUUUCGUCCUGUUUAAACCGAGUUCUCACGAUCGCGACGUGCAAAGGAAAUCCAUGCGACGCGUCCAAGGCGCCCAAAAACGGCGCCGUCGGUGAUUGCAAGACCUCCAUGGCGAGUGAGUUGUCGUGCCAGCCCACGUGCGAUGCGGGUUACACCGCCAACGGGGUGACCAGAUGCCGGGGUGGUAAGCUGAACGCCGCGACGUGCUCCGCCGUGAACCUCGUUCAAGACCCGGUCAGCGGAAACCUCACUCAAGACUCGGUCAGCGGAGCGCGCCAUCCGAUUCGCGCUUCGCUCGUCGCGGCGACACUGCUCGCCUCGGUCCAACUCGCGCACCUGUACAGCACCUUCGUCUGA